AUGUCGACCCUUAGUACCAAAUACGUGCCUCACAAGCUACGACCCGAAAACAUUAUUGAUUCCGCUCCCAGACAAGCAACCUUUCCGGCAAACCAAGAACAUUUAAAAACAGCCCUAUAUGCAAGCUCCGUAUGUAUUGGAGAACCAGAGAGCACAAAGCCUUGUUAUGAUACAACGAAAGGGGAUGAUUUUGAUAAAGUUGGAACUAUGCUUUUGGAGACUGCAAUGGACAGAAAAUUGCAAAUUGACAAGGAAAGAGAAAAUACGGACAAAUACUUGCAUGACUUGAGAGGAGUGCAUUUUGAAGUUGGAUACAGCGAUCGUUCAGCAUAUUUAAAAUCACAUAAACAGGAGAGCUAUCAACAGCCUGCAGCUGAGCUCUUUGUACAAAACAAGAAAGAUAUUGUGGCAAGUGGAGAAGGCUAUAACAGAGGAAAGUCCUCCAUAAUCAAACACAUUCCAGAUGAUUGGAAACAAUGCUUAACAACAAUUGCUAGGAAUGAUUACAUCUCUCCAGAGGAUCAAAUGAAACAAAAUAAGCAGCUUGGAAAAGAGGAAAUCCCUAGAAGCAGACCAACAAUGGAAAAAUCCACUGUUAUAGCUCCUGGAUCUUCCUAA